AUGAAGUGGUUGAUCCUGGCUCUGGCCUCCACGGCGAUCGCUGCUGAGUCUCAGUGCCGCUGCUUGCCUGGAGAUGACUGCUGGCCUUCUUCAUCGGACUGGUCGUCCUUGAAUCAAACCGUCGGAGGCCGUCUGGUCGCGACCGUCCCAAUUGGAAGCCCUUGCCAUGCGCCCACCUACGAUGCGGCCGCAUGUGCUGCCUUGCAGGCCAACUGGACUCUCCCGCAAACUCACCUGGACUCAUCUUCUUCGGUGAUGCAAACAUAUUUCGCCAAUCAGAGCUGUGACGCGUUCACUGCAAAGAACCGUCCGUGUUUGCUGGGAAAUUACGUCAAUUAUGCGGUCAACGUGUCCACAAGCGAGGAUGUUGUGUCGGCAAUCAAGUUCGCCCAGAACAACAACAUACGCUUCGUGGUCCGUAAUACCGGGCAUGAUUACCUUGGCCGUUCCACCGGCGCCGGUGCUUUGUCUGUUUGGACGCACCACCUGAACAACAUUGAACUUCAAGACUGGUCCGAUUCGACUUAUCAGGGUCCCGCUUUCAAAGUCGGAGCCGGAGUACUCGGAUAUCAGAUCCUCGAGGCUGCCACCGCGAAAGGUUUAGUUGUCGUCACCGGUGAAUGUCCCACCGUAGGAUUGGCGGGUGGCUAUACGCAGGGAGGUGGUCACUCUGCUCUUAGCACUGCCUUUGGUCUGGGCGCUGAUCAGACCCUGGAAUUUGAAGUCAUCACCGCCGCUGGAAAGCGUGUCACUGCCUCCCGCUCGCAAAACGCUGAUCUCUUCUGGGCCUUGAGUGGUGGUGGUGGCGGCAAUUACGGUGUGGUGAUGUCCAUGACCGUCAAGGCUCAUCAGGAUGCUACUAUCGGCGGUGGUGCCCUGGAGUUUACUGCAGCUGGCGUCACACCCGAGGUCUUCUUGGAGGGAGUCUCCCUUUUCCACCAUCUCCUUCCCCAGAUGAUUGACAGUGGCGCCUCGGUGAUCUACGAAAUGACUUCCAGCUUCUUUGCCAUUAGCCCCCUGACUGCCUAUAACCAGACCUCCGACGAUGUCAAGGCUAUUCUUCGGCCAUUCGUCUCGGGUCUUGCCCAGCUGAACAUCACUGCCCAGGUGGCCUACACCCAGUACGACUCAUACUAUGACCACUACAACAAGUACAUGGGUCCUUUGCCGUAUGGCAAUCUGGCUGUGUCAUCCUACCAGUACGGUGGUCGUUUGAUUCCCCGGAGUGUGCUGGAGAACAACUCCACCGGUCUGGCAACAGUGCUCGGCAAUUUGACUGCCCACGGUGUGAUUGCCGUGGGCGUUGGUAUGGAUGUCUCCCACCCCGGAAAUGUCUCCAACGCCGUCUUCCCCGCAUUGCGGAAUGCCGCUGUUACGAUGCAAAUCGGCACUGCAUGGAAUGAAACCGCGCCAUGGUCGAAAAUGGUAGCUGACCAAUUGAAGAUCACCAACGAGUACGUCCCACAGUUGGAAGCCGUCACCCCCGGUAGUGGUUGCUACCAGAAUGAGGGAAACUUCCGCCAGCUUGAUUGGAAGGAGACCUUCUUUGGCAAAAACUACAGCCCCCUUCUUUCGAUCAAGCGCAAGUGGGAUCCUACCUCUUUCUUCUAUGCGCUCAAGGCCGUGGGAAGUGACUCGUGGGAUGUCUCAAAUUCUGGUCGGAUGUGUCGUGUUUAA